UAAUAAUUUUUAUUUGUUUGGAGAAAAUGAGUAAUGAGUCUCACAAGUCAAUGCCCCGAGUCGUUUUAGGGCUGGAAUAGUAAUUACCACAUUCAUCGGAAAACUCUAUGGAGAGGCACGGUGGAGAGAGGCGCGCCGAUCACUGCUCUCCGGCGAUACCGUUUCCGGCAGACGGCGUCCACUACCAUUAUGACGACCGGCAGGACCACUUUCACGGAGGCCACCACCACCAGCACCAACCGGACCACCGCCACCACCAAAAUUUAAACGGCCAGCUGAAUGAGUCCACUGGUUUCCACCUCAACGGCGACUCUAAUCAUUCGCUGCCUCUCUCGGGCCACAAGAGACCAAUUCCUCACUCUAACAAUGUUGAUUACGGCGGUUUUGUGAAGCUAUACGUUGUGGGGAUACCUAGAAAUGCUACUGAACUUGAUGUCAGCGCUGUUUUUGGGGAAUUCGGAGACAUUAUUGAGGUUGUUCUUCUCAAGGAUAAGCGGACUGGUUUGCAGCAGGAAUGUUGCUUUGUGAAAUAUGCGAGAAUUGAGCAAGCUCAGCAAGCAAUUGGAGCAUUCAACACUCAAUAUACUAUCCCUGGGGCGGCUAUUCCUCUGAAAGUUAAAUAUGCAGAAAGGGAGCUCGAACGCCUAGGGAGCUUUGGUGCACAUUUCCACAAAUUGUAUGUUGGCUGCUUGAAUAGACAGGCUUUGAAAAGGGAUAUUGAAGAAAUAUUUUCCCCCUAUGGUGUCAUUGAAGAUAUUUUUAUUGUUAAGGAUGAAUUCAGGCAAAAUCGUGGAUGUGGCUUUGUCCAAUAUAUUACUAGAGAUAUGGCACUUGCUGCAAUUCAUGGAUUAAAUGGAACAUAUGUGAUGAGAGGAUGUGAUCAACCAUUGAUAGUGCGGUUUGCAGAUCCAAAGAAGCCACGGAUAGGGGAUUCAAGGCCUGCUUCAUAUUCCAACGAUCCAGCUAGUGCGCUUAUGCCGCCUAUUGAAAUGCAACAAAUGAAGUCUUCACAUCCAGGAUGCAAGAUAGAAACAAUGGCAAGCAAUGAUACUGCACCCGCAUCCAGUGCAUUCGAUUCCAGUGCAGAGAUAGAGAACUCUACAGAAUGUGACUGGAGCGAACAUGUUUCUCCUGAUGGAGAUUUAUAUUAUUAUAACUGUGUGACAUGUGAAAGCAGGUGGGAGAAGCCUGAGGAGUAUGCAAUUUAUGAAGAAGAACUUGAUGACCUAGAGGAACAGCAACAGCAACAGCACCUGCACGAAUCAAGUUUUCAGCCACUUUCAUCCCUGGAGGUAUCUGAAGCCCAAAAGGUAGCCGCUUUGACGUGAGCCCACAAAAAGGAUGUGAAGCUGCUGGAACUAUGGUUAGUUUCAGCUGACUGCAUUGUGUAUUUUAGUGUUAUUAAAGUAUGCUACAACUGCGCCUUAUGUGGAUGACGAAGUAGAAUUAGUUGAGGGUACAACACAAGAACUGGUUUUGUAUCUUGUAAGUGUUUAUUGAAAUUCUUGAAUGAAGUGGAUGAUCUAUGGCUGUUGUUGGUGCA